AUGACGUCGCACUGGCACGACAAUUUGCUUCGAUGUCUGAAGUGUUUCCGUUUUCAGCCAGAGGGUCCCAGCCCUGGCCACGUGGAGCCCCAGACGGAGGGUCCAGUUCCUGGUCGCCCAGAGCCUUCUCCUCAUCCCAAGCCAGAGGGUCCCAUCCCAGGCGGCCCAGAGCCCUCUCCUCAUCCGCAGCGUCCCGUCCCAGGCGGCCCAGAGCCCUCUCCUCAUCCCCAGCCGGAGGGUCCCGUCCCAGGCGGCCCAGAGCCCUCUCCUCAUCCCCAGCCUCAGGGUCCCGUUCAGCCGGAGGGUCCCGUCCCAGGCGGCCCAGAGCCCUCUCCUCAUCCCCAGCCAGAGGGUCCCGUCCCAGGCGGCCCAGAGCCCUCUCCUCAUCCCCAGCCUCAGGGUCCCGUCCAGCCACAGGGUCCCGUCCCAGGCGGCCCAGAGCCCUCUCCUCAUCCCCAGCCGCAGGGUCCCGUCCAGUCAGAGGGUCCCGUCCCAGGCGGUCCUGAGCCCUCUCCCCAUCCCCAGCCGCAGGGUCCCUUCCAGCCAGAGGGUCCCAGCCCUGGCCACGAAGAGCCCCAGCCGGAGGGUCCAGUUCCUGGUCGCCCAGAGCCCUCUUCUCAUCCCAAGCCGGAGGGUCCCAUCCCAGGCGGCCCAGAGCCCUCUCCUCAUCCGCAGCGUCCCGUCCCAGGCGGCCCAGAUACCUCUCCUCAACCCCAGCCGGAGGGUCCCGUCCCAGGCGGCCCAGAGCCCUCUCCUCAUCCCCAGCCUCAGGGUCCCGUCCAGCCUGAGGGUCCCGUCCCAGGCCGCCCAGAGCCCUCUCCUUAUCCCCAGCCGCAGGGUCCCGUCCAGCCGCAGGGUCCCGUCCCAGGCGGCCCAGAGCCCUCUCCUCAUCCCCAGCCGCAGGGUCCCGUCCCAGGCCGCCCAGAGCCCUCUCCUUAUCCCCAGCCGCAGGGUCCCGUCCAGCCACAGGGUCCCGUCCCAGGUGGCCCAGAGCCCUCUCCUCAUCCCCAGCCGCAGGGUCCCGUCCCAGGCGGCCCAGAGCCCUCUCCUCAUCCCCAGCCGCAGGGUCCCGUCCAGCCGGAGGGUCCCGUCCCAGGCGGCCCAGAGCCCUCUCCUCAUCCGCAGCGUCCUGUCCCAGGUGGCCCAGAGCCCUCUCCUCAUCCCCAUCCUCAGGGUCCCGUCCAGCCUGAGGGUCCCAUCCCAGGCCUCCCAGAGCCCUCUCCUUAUCCCCAGCCACAGGGUCCCGUCCCGGGCGGCCCAGAGCCCUCUCCUCAUCCCCAGCCUCAGGGUCCAGUCCAGCCUGAGGGUCCCAUCCCAGGCCACCCAGAGCCCUCUCCUUAUCCCCAGCCGCAGGGUCCCGUCCCAGGCCACCCAGAGCCCUCUCCUCAUCCCCUGCCGCAGGGUCCCGUCCCAGGCCGCCCAGAGCCCUCUCCUCAUCCCCAGCCGCAGGGUCCCGUCCCAGGCCGCCCAGAGCCCUCUCCUCAUCCCCAGCCGCAGGGUCCCGUCCAGCCGCAGGGUCCCGUCCCAGGCGGCCCAGAGCCCUCUCCUCAUCCCCAGCCGCAGGGUCCCGUCCCAGGCGGCCCAGAGCUUUCUCCUCAUCCCCAGCCGCAGGGUCCCGUCCCAGGCGGCCCAGAGCCCUCUCCUCAUCCCCAGCCGCAGGGUCCCGUCCCAGGCGGCCCAGAGCCCUCUCCUCAUCCCCAGCCGCAGGGUCCCGUCCAGCCGGAGGGUCCCGUCCCAGGCCGCCCAGAGCCCUCUCCUCAUCCCCAGCCGCAGGGUCCCGUCCAGCCGGAGGGUCCCAGACCUGGCCGCCCGGAGCCCAAGCCAGAGGGGCCCAGCCCUGGCCAUUCUGAGACCCAUCCCCAGCCAGAGGGGCCCAGACCUGGACAUUCUGAGCCCCAUCCCCAGCCGGAAGGGCCCAGACCUGGUCACCCUGAGCCCUAUCCCCAGCCAAGGGGCCCCAGCUCUGGCCAGCCUGAGCCUCAUCCCAGCUCACAGCAUCCCAACCAUGAGCUGAAAGAACAGAACUCCAAGCAGCGGCCUGUUGUCACCUGCUUAUUAUCACCACAAUGUGCUUUUGCUGUUAAGUCACUUCUUGGAUCUCUUCACUAAAUCUGCUGUUUUUAUACCCAUGUGGCUUUUACAGUUUACCCAAAUAAA